AUGUCGGGAAGCCCAUGUCUCUCCUGCGCUAACUGCACACUGUUCAUGUGUGAGGCAGGGCUUGCGGAGUUACACGACCAGCUCCUGGCCCGCACUUCCCACGUGGAGGAGUUGGAGCGUCUGAGGCGGGACUUCGAGCAGCAGCAGCAGCAGGAGAGGACCAAGCAUGAGUCUGAGCUGGGACAGCUGAGGAUUUACUUUGAAAAGAAAUUAAGGGAGGCUGAGAAAGAUUACCAGGAAGACCUGGCCCUGUUCCAGCAGCGGCUGCAGGAGAUGGAGGAGGACUCUCUGCUGGAGUCUGUGCAGAUCAGGGACACUCGGGCUGGGCCCUGUCAGGCUGGUCACGGCAGUGACCUCAUGGGGUGGGCCCAGCUCCCGGCUCUGGACGGGAAGUGCAGGGCAGUGGUGAGGAGAGACCUGGGAGCCCCGCGGCCGAGCAGGGCAGCCUUGGCCAAGGCCCUGGACACGUGGCUGGAGAGCCUGUGUUUGCCACGAUUAGAAGAAAACCGCUGGUGCCAGCUAGCAGUGCGGAAGUGCUGCCUGGAGGUCCAGCAGGAUGUGGACCUCGUGGGCCCCCCGGUGUUGGAGGGGGAGCAGCCUGUGGGGCCCUCAGGAGAGCCCGACCAAGAGCUCGCCCGGGUGCCCCUUCUGUGUGCGCAGAACGGGGCCCUGGAGGCGCAGGCACAGGUGGUGGCCGGAGUCUCACACGUGGGACCUGAGCACAAGGCUCAGCUCUCACUGCUUCAGAUGCUGCUCCAGGACGAAGUCGACCUCCUAAGGGUGGAGAAUAGAAGUCUGCGUGAGAAGCUGCAGCGUGAGGCCCGCCUGAGGGAGGACUUGGAGGAGGGAAAACGUAAUUUAGUGGAAGAUCACCAGGCAGAACUGAAGAGCGCUGAGGAGAGGAUCGAGCUGGUGAAACAAGAGCUCAGAGACAGAGAGGCAGAGUGGAACGUCACCAGCGAGGGCCUGAGGCAAGGCGCGGAGGAGAGGCUGGCACGGGUGUUCCUGGACCUGCGGGAACAGGCGGAAUCUGAGAAGCGGUCCUUGACAGACAGGUUUGAGCUUCGAGAAGCUGAAAUGAGGCAACUUCAGGACCAGCAGGCGGCCCAGAUCCUGGCCCUGGAGGGGUCCCUGACGGAGCAGCAGGGCCGCCUGCGGCAGCUAGAGCUCAGCCUUGCCGGGGACGAGUCUCUGCGGUGCAGCCAGUGUGGCCGGGAGCUGGCCGGUGGCCUGGGUCCAGCGGACCAGGAGCGGGAGCCAAAGGAGGACAGUGACCAUCUGCAGCCGGCCCAGAGCAGAUUCUUAGGAGAACGUCGAGAAAUCACAGAGAAGUUCAUUGAGGAGCGAGAUGCCUUCCUGCAGGAGGCCCAGGAGAAGCAAGCCAGCGAGCUCCAGCUCCUCCGGGAGAGACACCAGCAGCUCGUCCUGUCCUUGAGGGCCGAGCUGGAGACCAGGCACCAGGCUGAGCUUGAAGAGCUGCGGGCUUCAUUCCAGAGUGAGCGGCGGGCUCGAUCAGACGCUCGAGAGGCUGAACUGCAGGCAGAACUUGCUGCCGAAAUCAGGGCUUUGGAGGCCAGGCACGUGUCACACCUGGACUCUUUGGAGUCCCGUUACCUGUCUGACAUCCAGACCUUGCGGGGCCAGCACAGACGGGCCCUGGAGCUGCUGCGGGUGGACCUGGAGGAGCAGCUGCAGAAGGAGGCUGCUCCUCACCAUGUGAUCCUGACCCGGGCUUUCAAGAAACUGGAGCUGCAGCAAGAAGACGCGCCUGCGUCCGCAGAGGAGCUAGGCAUGGCGCGCACGGGAGCCCUGCGGGGGGCUCACCAGAACUUCUCCCUGGAAGCAGCUGGAGCCCUGUCGGCCUUGAGCUCCCACGAGUGCUGCGGCGGGGCUCGGCCCCAGAGCCUGGGCCUCGUCCUGGUGCACAGCAAGGCCCUGCUCCAGGCCAGGGUGCGCACAGGGCAGGCAGGUCGCAGGUCCCACCGCCCUUGCGGGUGUCGGGGUGAGUUUGAAGGUGAGAAGAAAGCUGCUUUGUGGGAGGAAGAGGAGACGCAUAGACCUGAGCAGGAGCAGGUACAGUCUCGUCACCAGAAAGAGAAGGAGUCUCUGUCUCUGCAGCUUCAGGAGAAGGAUCACCAGAUUCUGCAGCUACAAGACCAAAUUUUAUCCUUAAACCACGAGAUAGAAGAGUGUCAUUCGGAACUGGAGAGGCUCCAGCAGAGGCGGGAACGGGAGAACCAGGAGGGCACGAACCUCAUCUCGAUGCUCAAGUCCGACAUCGACCUGUCUCACGGCGAAAGGAGAGCUCUCCGGGACGCGCUGAGAAGGCUGCUGGGUUUGUUUGGAGAGACGCUCGAGGCUGCCGUCGCUCUGAGGAGCCGGAUUGGCGAGCGCGUGGGGCUAUGCCUGGAGGAGGAGAGCCCACCCGACGCGCCCGCAGCCUCUGUGCCUGAUGAGACGUGGCCUGGGCUUGACGCGGCCCCGCCGGAGCUGGACCGGACCUCGCCCGAGUGUGCGGAGACGUCUUCGGUGGCCGAGAUUAGCAGUCACAUCCGCGAAAGCUUUUUCAUGAGCCCGGAGAGCACGCUGGAGUGCGAACAGCCCAUCCGGAGGGUCUACCGGAGCCUGGGCCUGGCGGUCGAUAGCCUCCUGGAGAUGGUCCUGGACUCCACGCGGCAGCUGGAGGAGGCGCGUCAGAUCCACUCUCGCCUGGAGAGGGAGCUCAGCUGCAAGAGUGAGGAGACAGCGCAGGUGGUGAGAAAGCACCAGGAGCUGCUGGAGUGCCUGGACGCCGAGAGCACGGCCAAGACCCGGCUGACACUGGAGCUGCACGAGGCGGGGGGCAUCAUCGAGGGGUUCAAGGAGGAGAAGGCCGGCCUGCAGGAGGCCCUGGGCCGGAAGGAGGCGAGUGAGCGGAGCCUGGUGGUGGAGCUGGAGGGCCUGCAGCAGCAGCUGCAGCGGGCGACCCAGCAGCUGGCGGAGCUGCAGGAGGAGAACCACGCGCUGCAGGGCCAGAAGGAGGCCAUGACCGUGGCAGCGGGAGAGAGAGAAGCCGCUCUUCGCAGGGAGGUGGAUUCUCUCACAGAGGAGCAGUCAGAGGCCAGGAAGCAGUGUGAGAAGGACCGCUCGGCUCUGCUGGCGCAGAUGCGGGUUCUGGAGGCCGAGCUGGAGGAGCAGCUCUCCCGGCACCAGGCGUGUGCCCGGCAGGCCGAGGAGCUCUCUGCCCUGAGCCAGCAGAUGGGCUCUCUGGACAAGCAGCUGCGUCGCCAGCGCCAGUUCAUGGACGAGCAGGCUGCGGAGAGGGAGCAGGAGCGCGAGGAGUUUCAGCAGGAGAUUCAGAGGCUGGAGGAGCAGCUUCGGCAGGCAGCCAGGCUGCAGCCCCGGGGCCCCUGCGACAGCGACGUUGAAUUGUUAGAAGAAAAAUUGCGAGAAAAAUCAGAUGGACUUAAUGAGUUGAUAUUAAAGAAAGAAUUGGCGGAUAGACAAGUGCUAAUCCAGGAAGAGGAGAUUAGACGUCUCAAGGAGACAAAUGCCAGCACCGCGAGGAGACUCGUGCAGCUCCAGGAAGACCUGGAGAGACAGAGGAGAACUGUGCAGGACCUGGAGCAGGAUAAGGCGGCGUUGCAGGAGCAGCAGAUGAGCAACUUGCUUCUGGUGUCCACGCUGCAGUCCAGGCUGGACGAGGGCAAGUGCCCGGUACCUCCUGCGGGCAGCAGUCUUGAGGGCCCAGAGGUCCGGCUAGAGGCGCUGCAGAGGGCGCUGCUGGAGCGUGAGGACGAGGUUCUGGACUUAAAAGAACAAUUAGAAAAAACUAAACAUGACUUAGUGAGCAGAAACGAAGAAGUGCUCCAUCUGGACUGGACGCUGGGCGUGCAGGACAGCAGUGCCGCCACGCGCAUCCGAGAACUUCAGGAAGAGAGUGCCGGUCUGAAGGCAUUUCUGCAAAACAAGGAGAGGGAGAUGACGUGUGUGAGCGAGCAGAACGAGCAGCAGCUGGCAGGGACGGGCUAUGGCGCCCUCAGCGAGGUCAUGUGUGACAGGGGUUCUGAAAUUGAGGAGCUGAAAUCCAUUAUUGAGAAUCUGCGGGAGAACCAGGAGCGGCUACAGAAGGAUAGAGCGGAGGAGGUGGACCAGCUCCACGAGGUCAUCGAGAAGCUGCAGCGGGAGCUGUCCAUCGCGGGGCCGGCGCUGCACGAGGUCAGCGGCGGUGACAGUGGCGGGGCGGGCAGCCUGAAAAACGAGCUGCUGGGCCUGCAGGCAGAGGGAGCCGCGGCCCGCGAGGUGCUGGAGGGCGAGCUGCACACCGCCUUGGAGGCCAAGGAAGCCCUGGGCCGGCUGCUGAGCGAGCAGGAGCGCCUGCACGGCCAGGCCCUAGAGGCCCUGCAGGGGCGCCUGCGGGAUGCGGAGGAGGCUGCCGCGCGGAGGCUGGCCCAGCUGGAGCAGAGUGCAGCCCUCAGGGAGGCUGAGGUUCAAGGCCUGGCCUCCCAGAUCCGGGAGUUUGAAGCUGCCCUGAAAGCCAAGGACGUGAAGAUUGCAGAAAGAGACCUAGAAAUCGAGGCCGUGAACAAAGAGAGGCGGGCCCACUCCUCUGAGCUGGAGGCCCUCCUGUCGGCUGUGGCCCGCUUCCGCCAUGCCUUGGAGCAGCAGCCCCUGGCUGCCGCUGAGGAGCCCCCUGAGCUGCAGCGGCUCCGAGCACAGUGUCGCCGCCUCAGCCGCCAGCUGCAGGUGCUCCACCAGCAGUUUGUGAGGUGCCAGAAGGAGCUGGACAGGGAGCAGGUGUGCGGGGCCCACCCACCCCCUUGUAUGGACGACAGCACCCAGUGCCAGGCGCCAUGUGAUGAAGGGCUGGAGCAGGAGGCUCCCCACGGCCAUGGCGGUGACCCACAGAGCCCAGCUCCGGCGGACUUGCAGCCUGCCAAAGCCCUGGUGACGCUGAACCGCGCAGGCCUUUGCAAGCAAGAUGACGUGAUGUCCGUGCUCACAGUCUGCCAGAGGCUCCUGGAGUCCGAGCUGCUUCUGGUGAAGAAGGAAAUGUGCUCGCGCGUGGAGGACCACGACCACGUGUCCGGAACGGAUAAAGGCGAACUACUGGAAGGUUGUCAGCUUCGGAAAGCUGAUCUCAUAGCUCAGGCGAGACAACUUCAGGAGAAGCUGAGCCGUCUGGUGCAUUCCAUGAGCUUCCCAGACGUCGACGUCGAGACGAAGGGCUUUACAUCUCAGCAGGCACUGGCGUCUUCACAUGUUCUAGAAAAUAGUUUGAGUGAUGGUUCCAGUAACAGUGAAGAAACUGGCAGCUCACCUCCCGUCGAUGCGUUUAGUGUCGAUACAACCACCUGGGAUCUAGUUGACGCGGUUGGAAGUCAGGGUUCGUGGCUGAGAAGUGGGAUGCUGGAUGCGCCCACGGUAGAGCAGGUUGCUGCACAGGAAGGGUCGCUCUGCUCCCAGGUGGGCUCGCUCAGAUGCCUCCCGGACCCCGCCCACGCCGAGGGGCCCGAGCCCUUGAAGCUCGGGCUCAGGACAAUGGACCUGGCCUCCUGGAGCUCCCCUGAGGUCGCCAGGAAGGACUCCACCCUUGAGCCCAUGCCCAGCCUGCCCCUGACACCCUGCUCGGAUGCCCUGAGCCAGCGUAGCCUGGACACCUCCCUAUGGGACGGGACGGGCACCUCACUGCUCCAGGCCGACCAGUCAGGGCUGCUUUGUUACCCGGGCGAGUCCACAGCAGGAAUGGCCCCUAGAGGGUUCCGACGGUCACUGGUCACUGUGAAGAAGGAGGUCCAUCCAAAGCAAGUGAAGGCCCUGCUGCAGAUGGUGUGUGAUGAGAGCCACCACAUCCUGGCCCUGUCCAAGUGCCGUGGACCGCCCAGCGUCCUGAGCAGGGGCGAGCCCAGCACCCCCCUCGAGCGCCUCCCACAGGGGUGCCGGGGGCUGCUGGAGGCAGCAGCGCCUCUGAGGGGGCACCCCACCCCAGCACCCCAAAAGGGAGAGAAGGAACCUUCUGACCUGGGCCUCGAUUGGAGGGGAGAAUUUCUGCAGGUUGUCCAGGAAGCCUUUGAAAAAGAGCGAGAGAUGCUGAAAGUUGAGCUGCGGCCCCGACUCUGUGGUUCGGACGUUGGGGGCUGCAGCACGCUGUUGGAGAGGCUGGAGAAGGUGGUCCAGGAGCAGGGGGGGCUGCAGGAGAAGUCCUUGGAGCACCUUCACCUGUCGGACAGGAGCCGCCUGCUGUCAGAGAUCCAGGCUCUGCGCGCCCAGCUGCGGAUGACGCACCUGCAGAACCAAGAGAAGCUGCAGCAGCUGUGCGUGGCACUGACCAACACAGAGGCCCGCGGGAGCCGGCGGGAGCACCAGCUGCGGAGGCAGGUUGAGUUACUGGCCUAUAAGGUUGAGCAGGAAAAGUGUAUAGCGAGCGAUCUGCAGAAAACCCUGAACGAAGAGCAGGAGAAAGCAAAUCAUGUUCGGAAGCUGCUGGUGGUGGAACAGAGUGCGGUCAGGGACCUAAAGUCCGAGCUGUGCGAGUGCAAACAGGACAACGAAAGGCUGCUACGGUCCCUCAACGAUGUGCAGAAGGAGGUCCUCCAGCUGAGGUCGGUGCUGGACAGUAAGGAGAAGGACCUGGCGAACGCACUGCAGCAGCUGGAGGGCGAGCGGGUGAAGGGGCAGGCCCUGCAGAGCCGGCUGGAGGAGGAGCGGCUGCAGUACCUGCAGAGGGAGGGCCAGAGCGCCAAGACCCUGGAGGAGCUAAGAACGUCUUUGGAGAAGCAGUUUGCUCAUAGUAACCAGCUGUGUGUCGCCCUGGAGCACGAGCAGACGGCAAAGGACAACCUCCGGAAGGAGCUGCAGAUCGAGACCUCGCGCUGCGAGGCGCUGCUGGCCCAGGAGCGCGGCCACCUCUCUGAGCUGCAGCGGAGCCUGGAGGCCGAGCAGGGCCGGGCACGGGAGUUGUCGGAGGCCUUGCACCAUGAGCGCCUCUUGACCGAACGGCUGAGCCGGCGGGCGCAGGAGAAGCAGGCGCACCAGGCGCUGCUGCAGAAGCUGAAGAGCCAGGGGGCCCGCGUGCGGGAGCUGGAGGUGGCGCUGGACACAGCCCGGCGGCGGGCCAAGGAGGCCGAGAGGGAGCAGGAGGUAAGUGCCGUGCCGAGGCCCACCGUGGAGGCCCUGCAGACCCUGGAGAGAGAGCGGGAGAGGCCUGCGCGGGGCCAGGCAGAGUUAGAGCAGCCGCACGCGGGACGGGCAGAGCAGGAAGGACGCAAGGCCGCGAGGACAGGAGCGGAGCUGAGGCCCAGCAGAGCGGACGCGCACAAGUGGAGGAGGUGGCAGAGAGACAAGGAGACGCUGGUGAGCCCGCUGCGGCCUGGGGGCCUGUCCUGGUGUCCGUGCAUCCCUCCUCAGAACACGGCCGCUUUGUAG